AUGUCAAAUAAAAACCCUCUCCCAACCGGCUCUUCCUCAAUCGGCAUGCAUCUUUCCGAAGAAGCCAUAGCACGCACCCACAUCCUCUCCCUAAUAAACCGCUACGCCUCUUUUGCCCGGGGAAUCCCUGACCAACAAAACGAAAUAGCAGUCCUCUUUGAACCCAAUGCCACUAUCCUUUUACCUGACGGCCGCGAACUCUCGCCACUUGAAAUCGGCAAGAUCACCGAAAACAAUACGCCAAAACUUCUGAGGCAUCAUGUUACCACCGUUGAUGUCCAGUGGGAUGAUGUGGUCGUGAGAAGUGGAGAUGGCAGGUGCCCGUUUAAGAGGAAGGUUAUUGUCGUUGAUGGGAUGGAUGCGGAGGGUUGGUUAUCGCAGACUGUUGCAGAGGGUGUAGAAGCAGUAGCUAGAUAG